AUGUUCAAUGUUACCACUACAACUACUUCAAUCAGUUUGAAUUUAAACCGAAGUAAGAUAACCCUAAAAGACCAUGAAAUUUUUGUUGCAAGAGAUGGACAACUUUUUAAGGAGAAGAUUCAUAGUAUUCAGGGUGUGGAAAGAUGUUAUCAAGACAAAGAGAAUGGUGCUGUUGUCAUUGCUUUACCAAUUGACCCUUCAGGAACAACAUUUGAACUGCAUGGAAUCAUCAAAGUCUUUGGAGAAGAAUUCAUCAUAAUGCCAAUAAUUGAAUCUGCUGAUGCCCCAGCUGCAGGACAACAGAAUUCAGUAAAACAUGGAAUUGGUAAACUAAGAGGAAACAAAGCUUUAGACUUUGGAAGAGAUUAUGUUCCUGUACCAAGUGAUAAUUCAACCAAGAAUACAACUGCAGGAGAUCCAAAUGGCACAAAAGGAGCUGAUUAUAUUGUCGAGAUGCUGAUGGUUGCAGACUCAUCAAUGUUUGAUUAUUGGGUAAACCAGAGUGAGUCAUUGGACCAGAAGGGUAAAACUGAAGAAGCUCGUCGAUCAUUGGUAGAAUAUUUCAUAUUUCUUUUGAAUGGAGUGGAUAUAAAAUACAAUCAGUUGUCAACACUUGCAGAUUAUAACAUUGCUUUAACUUUGGCUGGAAUUGUUAUUGCAGAGUCAUUCUUUCUUCUUUUUAUCUUUUUCCUUCAUCUUGUCUGUCUAUUAUUUUUCUCUCUUUCCUCAUUUUCUUUUAUUUUUCAUUCUUCAUUUCAAUACAUUUUCCUUCUUUUUCCUUUUCUUACCUUCUUCAUUUCAUUUUUCUUUUCAUUUAUAUUUUCUCUUUCAGUUUUUAGUUUUCUUAUUUUCAGUUCUCAUUCCUUAUUUUUAAACUUAAGUUUUUCUUUCCUUUUCAUGCUUUCUUUCACUGAAUUUUCAUCCUUCUUAUAUUUUUUCCAUUUACAAUAUUUUUUUAUUUUCUCAUUCCUUUUUUCUUUCCUUUUAUUUUUUCUUCUCUUUCUUCCUUACACCUGCAUCUCCAUCUACCCUCCCGACAAAAAUGCUAGUUCUUGGACACUAAGUGACUCAAACCUUGCCAGCAACUUGAUUGAUGGCAAAUCAGCAUUGGAAUCAUUUGCAGACUGGCAAUCAACACAAGAUCUUUUGCCACCAAAGGACCAUGCUAUACUGUUCACAAGGAAACGCAUUGACUUAGAUGGGAAUCCUGAAGCAAAAGGUAUUACCUACAUGAGUGGAAUCUGCAGUGGAAAAUAUUCUGCUUCUGUGGUUAACAGUGGAUCAGAGAACUUGGGCAUUGUGACUGCAACUCGCCUCCUUGGACACAGUUUAAGUGCUGGUUAUGCAGACAUUGCUGGUUGCACAAGCAAGGAUGAUGGAUUCACUGGAGAAACAUUUGGUUUGUGUUCAAUCAAUUCAAUCAGGACAAAGAUUGACAAACUCUCAAGUGAACCCCCUCAAACUGAUAGCUGUUUCAGCACCAACAACAACUGCCUUGGAGGUGGUGGACUGGCUGCAGGAGGAAUGGGUGCUGCUCUUGGAGGUAGUGAAGCUGAUCAGCAAUGUCAAGCUAAUUAUGGUCCAACAUCUGUUGUUAUGAGAAAACACUAUUGGUGUGAUGGUGGCCAAUGCGUCAGAUCUGAUAGUGCACCUAAUGUCAUGGGCCAUUGUCCAUUUGGCGACCAACCGGGAAUUGUUGACCAAGAUCUGCCCUGCCCUGAGCUAAUAGCUGUAUCUCCUGGGGAGUGCUACACUGGCCGUUGCUGUGAAUCCUGUGCCUCUAAGUACGUUGGCUUGGAAAACUGUGAAUAUGGAGAUCGUGUAACUGGUUGUCGAAAGUUUCUUUGUGCAUUCUACAAUGCUAAUGCUCGAAACAAACUGUGCUGUCAUACAUGUUCAAAUGGAAAGCUACGUAAAAUAACUUCUACUCCAGAACCAACCACAACUACUACCAUGGAACCAACCACUGAGAUGCUGACAACUGAACAGUUAACUGAACUGGUAACCUCUGACCUUGACUGGAUGACUACAUUCAUGACUCUACCACCUUUAAAUCUUACACGUAUUCUAUCAACUUUAAAAACUACAAAAGCCCCUACUCCUUUGCCCACAACUCGUGUGAUAAUUCCAACCAUCAAGAGAAGUGAUCUUGUUCCAUGUUGGAACCCUCAUCUGCGUGGAUGGGUCUACAGGAAGAAGUGUAACAUUUUUGGCAAGCGCAGAAAGUAUAGAAAAUCUCCACUGAGUCCUGUGUCAAGGAAAUACAGAGUGCCAAAUAACAGAUAUGGAUUUGGAAUGAACCUUGUGCACAGCCGUCUGCACCCACCCAUGCACUCAAUGAAAGCUGCUGUUGAAGUAGAACAAAGGAGAGUUCCAGUUGCCAAAAACCGAUUUGUUGCCAAGACAAGAAUGGCCCUCAGAAGGCCUGUGCCCAGACUCAAUAUAAUGCGCAGCCCAAGACGGAGGGUAUUUGCCCCAAUUGGAAACCAGCGCAUUAAAAAUAAGACCAGAUAUCAAGUAGAAAAGGACUCUGCACUUGCUCAAGUGCGGCGUGUUGGCAGAUUUGGUUUCUUCCCUCGCCAGAUGUACCCUAUUAAUGCCACCCCUAACAGAGAGAGAAUGCCUCUUCUUGAUUUGAAAUUGAAAUUUUUAUUGAACUUGGCAUUUCCACCACUUUUGUCAUAUCAACAUAAAAAGAGCUGUUGUGGAGGAUGA